GGCCGGGCCCGAGCGGGGGCCGGGCCUGUCCCGCGGCGGCCCCGGGCCUCGCCCUGCCCGCGGCGCGGGGCAGCUCGGGCACGGCCUUGCCGGCGGCGGGGCCGCGGUGAGCUGGGGCCCGGGGCGCGGCGGCCGGCGGAGGGAUGGCCCUGGUGCCCUACGAGGAGGGAGGCGGCUGGGCAGCGCGGCAGCUGCACAGCCCUUCGGCCACCUUCCACUUCGCCAGCCGCACCAUCCACCUCCAGCAGGACUGGCGGCGGCUGGGGGUGGCGGCCGUGGUCUGGGACGCGGCUGUUGUCCUGUGUGCUUAUCUGGAGAUGGAAGGCAUUGAUCUGAAGGACCGGUCUGUGAUCGAGCUGGGAGCUGGAACUGGAUUGCUGGGAAUAGUGGUCACAUUACUAGGUGCCCGUGUUACCAUCACAGACAGGGCGGCAGCACUGGAGUUCCUGGAGUCAAAUGUGCAGGCGAACUUACCCCCUGAACUACGUCCCAGAGCGGUGGUGAAGGAGCUGACGUGGGGAAAAGACCUGGAUAAUUUCCCUCCAGGAGCAUUUGACUUUGUCCUGGGUGCAGACAUCGUUUAUCUGGAAGAAACAUUUGCAGAACUGCUUCAGACACUGGAGCACCUGUGCUCAGAGCGAACAGUGAUUCUUCUUUCCUGUCGUAUCCGCUAUGAGCGGGAUCUCAAGUUCUUGAAGAUGCUGAGAGAGCGUUUCUCUGUAUCCGAGGUCCAUUAUGAUUCCAGUAAGGAUGUUCAUAUCUACAAAGCACAGAGGGGUAGUCGCAAGGAUGACUUUUGACUCUCUGCUUUGUUAAUAAGCCACUGACGCUGUUCAAUUCUCCCCUUUGUUUCUACUCAAUACACUUGUUCCUAAGCAUGAAGUUGCAGUUGUGUUACUUCACUGGCUUCUUGUUCUGAUGGUCUUGUCUGAUCACUGGGUCUGAUACAGCAAGGAUUGUACUUCUGUUCUGCAUACCCUCUGCUGCCUUUCUGAAUAGAGCCAUAUAGGGUGUUCCACUGUCUUUUUAUCAAAUGUAAUUUUUGAAACUGAUUCAAGUUGCAGAUAUCUCCAGCAUCAAAAUUGUUAUAUCAAAUGUUAUAUCCAGCAUCUGAAAUCAAAGCAUAUUUAACUUCUGGAGGAAACUUAUAGAGAUUACAGUGUGGUUUUUUUCCCUUUAUCACUUCCGUAACUCUAGGAAAGUAAGAAUGGAUGAAAUAAAAGCUAAUGCUCCAGCUCUAAAUUCUUUAAUUCUUCAGGACUUCUGCAUCUUAGAAGUUGUGGUAAAAGAAACCACUUAAAAGGCAAAAAGAACCAAAGGCAGAUGCUAUGAAGUUGUUCUAUUGUUGUCACUGCUGCGUUGAAGAGGCACAGUGAAACAAAGAACAAAAUCUGUAGGGGAUCUGGGAACAGGGAUUGCCAAGUAAGCCAACUUAGAAAUCAGUGGUAUUUUUACCUGACUUGCAAGCGAGUGGGCUACGCCUGCAGUACGGAAGCAGUUGUGGUUUCUGAGUUGUCCGUAACAAGUCUGCCUCACACAGAUCAAGGCUCCCUGGAGGAGAUACACAUGCACAUGUGCUGCCAAAAGAGUGCAACAAGGAGACUCAAGCUGUUCUUAAAAUAUCAAAUCAGCCCUUGACUCUCAAAGUACCACUAGAUAAUGUUCUACUUUGUGCCUUUGUUUGUGCUCCCGCUGUCUCUGAGAGCUGUUAUUUAGGAGAGUGCCCAGUAAAGUCUUUGUAGCAGGGGAAGUACUUACUCUUGCAUUACUUGGGACCUUGGGGCAGUGUCUGGGUUUCAGUGUGUUUUCAGUGCACAGUGGUAGUUAAGACACAGUUUUAAGUAACAGGUUUCAUACCUUGAGCUUGUAAAACACAUUAUGUGUUUAUCCCACAAGAUCUGGGAGUCCAGCUCACACCAGCAGCAGACUUCCUUCUCCUUCUAGUGGUGGAAGAAUGAAACUGAUGAAAACAAUGGGCUAACAGAAGACAGCUACACCUCUGAAUGCAGGAAUUUUUUUACAAUUUGUGUGGAUGUGGAACUUCUUUUGCGAUAAACUUAAAAAGCCUCAGCUCAGUCUCCGACUUUGGGCAUGUGCAUGUAUUUGGCACUAGCAACAGCAAACACCUUUGCACAACAAAGCAGCAGCAGCUUUGGGCUAUGGACAUUUUGGAACUUUUUGUCACUUUUGCUCCCAUCCGACUUCCUGGUCGGUAGUCCAGAACUGCUGUGCUGACUGUAAUGUGGAAACGACACAUUUAUCAUUAAGGUUUGUGCUUCAUCCCUGGCACAUUUCUUGCAUGUUUUCAGCGAAGUUCCUUGCUUGGCUGCGGACCCCGCCUGGGUGUUGCUGCUCUGAAACACUUGCUGUAACAGUAUCCUCAGAAGCCACAUGGUGUCACUAAAACAGUACUUAGGCGUCUGGCUGGGAAUUCGCAGCCUGAAACUGGAGUUGGAGUCAGUUUGAGGGAAGGAAGACAACACCUUUAGUUGAAAACAGAUCAUGAGAUGAGCUCUCAUGUGUCAGGCAUAGCUUCUUGUGUCUUAUCAGCUGGGUGAGCAGUGUUUGAAAAGAAUUAUGAGCUCUCCCCCAUCUCUCUGGCUCUAGUUUUCUAAGUGUGGCUGUAAGUUCUCACCUCUUCUCUUCCUUUUCCUCCCCACUGGUGUUUCCUGGUCUCCAAGCUCUUCUGGGCUCAUGUGUAGCUCAGGCUCCCCUUGGGCUGAGCUGGCAGAAAGCAGUGUGCUGGUACCUGGGCUUGUGAGUGCCCAAGGGAACUUUUUUGUGGGAAAAGCCUGGUGGUGCUCAGGCCUCACAAGAGGCUGGAGCUGGCAGCACUGACAGCCGUAGCAGCUUGCACUGUUGCCAUAGCAGGAACAUGCUAAAAAGCCUGCUUAAAUAGCACAGAAUAAAGCACGAAGUAAAGGCUGUUGCAGCAACCUGCACACAUCUAAGAAGGGGGUUUUGCCCCAGGCCUUGCUUUGACGGAACAACUUUAUACUUUUAAAACAAAUCAGUUUAAUCCCAUCUCUUUCUAAUUAAGUUUUCAGCGUGUCAGAUUUCCCAUUGCUGCUGUUACAGCCCACAGUCAUCCUGCCAGAGCAGGCAUGUGCCAGUAGAGACCAGGCUUGGCUUUUUUGGCUGUGCUGCUGUUACACAGCAGCUGUAGGCACACCCAAGGGAGUAUGUUUGAAGGCUGAAGUGAUGCAACUGCCCAGAAAUAAUUGUGGAGAAAAGCAUGAGAUGACACUGGCAGCUCAGGUGAGUGCCUUGCCCCUGACCACCAGCUCUUGGUGGCACCUCCCCAGCUCAGCAAGUGACACCCCCCAAGAGGAUACUUGCUCCUUUGACUGCUACUGGGGGGCAGGUGAUGUUAGAUUUAGAACAGAUCCAGAAAUACUGCAGUUAGACCACAACCAUGUGCAUGCCAGUUGUGGUUGCAUUUAAAGCUUCAAUGUUUAGGGGCAGGCAGUGAGAAUGUAACUCAGCUGAAACCCAGUCCAUCCCCCCUAGGCAGUGCUGACACCCAUGUGCACCAGGCAGCGAGCGCUGCCUUCUGUUGUCCAGGUUGGGCUUCACAAGUUUUCUGUAUUCCCAUCACACUUACCUUCAGGGAGAGGUCAGGAGUGAGUCAGGCUGUGAGCAGGUGUGCAGGACAAGUAGCAGAGGUGUAACUGCUGGUGAGUGAGCACAGGGAGCAGCCCCCUGCAGUGACACCUGCAAACUCAGGUGUCCCAACCCAGGGUCCCACGUGAGCUCCUGCUCUAGUAUGAGAUGCUGCAUGACAACAGCUGUUGCCAGCAGCUGUUUGGCCAUCAUACUGACACCCUGGCCAAGCACUUUCUGUCACCCUGUUCAUCCCAGCACUCAUCCCACAGAGAAUCCCACUCUCCUUCGGCUGGUUCCAUUGCACUGAUCCUGUUUUCUGACAUCAUCUGAGCUCACCUGUAGAAGGACGUGUUUGGCAUGUGUCCCUGAGUAGCAGGGCAAUGCACAAAUAAGUUUCUUGAGAAACCCACUUGCUCUAGGGAGUGGGUCCCAGCCACAGGAAAGUGACCAGGUAAGACAAAAUGAGGCGGUGAUACUGAGGAAUCAUCCCUGAAACAUGCGAAGGAGAACAAGCUUUUCUGAAAUAUCAUUGCAACCAAGGUAAUGUUUGAUUGAUAUUAAGACAAACAGCAGACUACACAGGGAUCUGUGUUACCCAGUUCUUUUCAGUGCAAAGUUUAAGCCAAACUGCAUUUUUAUCUCAGGGACUAACCCCUGUUUGGGCUUCUCUCUCAUUACUGUAGAUUUUUCUGAGCAAGACCGUGAAUGACAUUAUAAAAACUAGAAAAUCCCAGUUGUAAUGAGCUGACCUUACUGCUUCCCCUUGAUUUCACUGGAGGUGUGUUUACCCCAGUGCUGAAUUUGUUCCCCUGGCUUCCAUCCCAGUGUUUGGAUCCAGCCUUGCAGAUUACAUAAUAGGGUUGUGAUCCUUGCAGUGUUUGCUGCCUUCUGUUUCUGUUCUGUUCUAAAGACCAGUAGUACAUGGUUUAUAGGAAUGCUUGAAAGUGAGACAUGCAGCAUAUUUAAACUGUGAAAGGCAUAAGUAUUUCAAACAUUAUUAAACAACAGAACUGCCACCAGAAUGGAUAUUGGAAAGCAGGUUUAAAAAUAUCAGGAGGAAGAGAAACUUUGUUUUUCAGGACUUAACCUCUGACUAAUUCAAUGAUGAUAAAAAAGCCUUCUCUUUGGGGAGAAUACUUUAUGAAUACUUAGGACAGGGCACAGAUUGAGAGGAUACCACAGACUGCUCAAUAUAUGCCUUUUCCCAUAUUCCUCUAGCUACCAUUUGCCACUAAAUUAAAUCAGUGUAAAUGGAACACCCUGCUCAAAAAAGAGACUUUGUAGAGUUUUUUAAAGCAUGUUUAUGUGACUGCACAUAAAUGUUUGUGUAAAAAGGGAGUUAUGACAGUUUAUACCACAAAGGUUACAGUAAGAAAAAGCACUUCUUUAUGACAAUAAUUCACAAAUUCACAAGAAUCACUUUAAUAUACAAAGCAAUUACUACCAUUCUGAAACACAAAGCAGCUAAUAUGUACAUAGUGUUAAUAAAAUGCAUUAUAACCCAGUACAUUUUUUUUAAACACAGAUAAAGCACAAAAAAAAAAAAAGAAAAAAAAAAAAGAAAGAAAAUAACAACACAACAGGGAUGUUUCUCGAUUU